CAAGAAUAUCGUUCCAGACAUUAUUUGCACACCAUGUUUGAAUUCAUUGUUGCAUCGGAGCCUACUGGGUUGACCUAAAUUACACCUCUUAGCCAUACCAGACAUAGUGCGUAGGGCAGCAAGGAAUGAAUGCUCGCGAUCCUCACUACCCUAAUCGACCUGAGUGGUUAACCCGGCCGGCAAGAAAACAGGUGGAUGAUGCCACGCUCCAAAGGGAGAUCCAGGCUCGUGGCGGGCUGGGAGAGAGAAACCUCUGGUCGGGGCGCCGCGUAGGGCCCUCAGGGCCGCCGGGCGGUGACAGCAAGCGCGGCGGCCCCGGCGGCCAGCGUGUCAAGGACGCGUCCAAGUACCGCUGCGUGCUGGAGCUGGAUGUGGGGCGCACGCGAGGCAGCGACGCCAAGCAGCAUGUCUUCUGCCUCUACUUUGCCAAGGGCUGCUGCAGCCAGGGCUCCGCCUGCACCUACCUGCACCGCCUGCCCACCGCGGAGGAUGAGGCGUACGCGGUGCGGGACUGUCAGCGGACAUCUUCGGCAGGGAGAAGCGCGCGGAGAGCGAGGGCUACAGAAAGGGCGCAGGCACGCUUGAGCGCGACAACCGCACCCUGUACGUCAACUACGAGGGAGCUGGCGCGUACGACCUGCCCAAAGUACGGCAGCUGCUGGAAUCCAACUUCCGCGCCUUUGGCCCCGUCAACAACAUCUACAUCGUGCACAACAAGACCAUAGCGUUCGUGAGGUACGACUGGCGCAGCAGUGCGGAGUUCGCCAAGGAGGCGGUGCACAAGCAGGGGCUGCAGGGCUCCACCAUGGGAGAGGUGGUCACGGCGCGCUGGGCCAACGAGGACCCCAACCCCGUGGCGGUGCUGGCGCAGAAGCGGGCGUGCGAGGAGGCGUUCGGGCUGGCGGUGGUGUCCUCCUUCGACGCGCUGCCUCCCGAGCAGAAGCAGGCGCGCAUCCUGCAGCUGCAGACGCAGAGCGCGCUGCAGCGGGGUGCCGCCAUCGGCUUCUACCCCAGCACGGAGCAGCAGUUCGAGGAGCGGGAGCGGCUGCAGCGGGAGCUGCAGCAGCAGCAGCAGGCCGAAGAGGAGGAAGAGGACAUACCGUAUAUCCCGCCCGACAUUUACGAGGAGCAGCAGCGACUGGUUGCGCAGCGCAGGGAGGAGGGGCAGGGCGCUGGGAAGCGGGAGGAAGGG